AUCAAAAUGAAUCGUCUGGGGAACUUAUUGAUUUUCACCUCAAUAUUGGUCUUUAUUAUAAGCGUCUCUGGAACUGGCGACAGGUGUUCGUAUACAUGUUAUUAUACAGAGAAAACUAGAGGUAAAUGUUCAGCAUGGAGUUGGAAUCUUUGUACCAAAUACAGAUAUGCGAGCAAACUCUGCUACACAGGCUGUGUACAUGGUGGAUGGAGUGAAUGGGAUCAAUCCCUUGGUCCCUGUUCUGUAUCGUGUGGAGAUGGUUUUCAAGAUGUAAAUGAAAGAAGGGAAUGUAACAAUCCAGCACCUGCUAAUGGUGGGAAUAAUUGUGAAGGUGAUGAUGAAAGGACAUCUUCACAGUCUUGUUCAGAAGAUCCAUGUCCUGUCAAUGGUGGUUGGGGAGAGUGGAGUGAAUGGAUGGACACAUCUGAAUGUGAUGUUGUGUGUGCAACAGGAAGUAAAGGUCAGUCGAGGACCAGAGAUUGUGAUAAUCCUGAACCAUCUGGUGGUGGUGAAGAUUGUAUUGGUGACAGCAAUGAAAGCAGAACAAUUGAUUGUAACACGUUCUCUUGUAAUGAUUUAUGUGUAGAUGACGUACAUUACAUUCCUCAUCGUGACAUUACGAAAUUCUGGCAGUGCUCCAACGGUGUUGCUUACGAAAUGUCCUGCCCAAAAGGAACAUAUUGGAAUAAAGAAAUUCCGGUCUGUGACCAUAUUACAAAAUAACUACGUACAUGUAACUAGUAUUUUUUCUUUAACAAAAUUGUAAUCAAUUAAAUGUGAAUAAAGAAUGAUAUGAAAGU